CACGUGACCCGGCAACGUCACGCCUGCGCUAGCAGUCACAAGAUGGCGGAGAGUGCGGAACUAAAGCAAAUGGUGAUGAGCCUGCGGGUGUCAGAGCUGCAGGUUCUCCUGGGCUACGCAGGCCGAAACAAACAUGGACGAAAGCACGAGCUCCUGACUAAAGCCUUACACCUUCUUAAAGCUGGCUGCAGCCCCGCCGUCCAGAUGAAGAUCAAGGAGCUCUAUAGACGACGCUUUCCUACCAAGCUGGUGUCUCCGGCUGAACUAGCACUACCUGGAGUUCAUCCUGCUGCUUCUUUGCCCCCUGGCCUCACACAGCUGGGGUUUGACGGACACGGUGCACCCCCGUCUCCUCUGAUGCCCAUAUCCCUACUCGGGCCCAAACAUGAGCUGGGCCUGCCCCAUCUACCUACCAACCUGCACCCUGUUCAUCCUGAUGUUAAACUGCAACGGUUGCCCUUCUACGACCUUCUGGACGAGCUUAUUAAACCUACCAGUUUAGCUUCAGAUAAUAGCCAGAGGUUUCAGGAAACGUGUUUUGCAUUUGCUUUGACGCCACAGCAGGUCCAACAAGUCAGCAGCUCAAUGGACAUAUCGGGGACCAAAUGUGACUUUACAGUGCAAGUACAGUUACGAUUUUGUCUAUCAGAGACAAGCUGCCCUCAGGAGGACCACUUUCCCCCUAACCUUUGUGUAAAAGUCAAUGGGAAACCAUGUAAUCUCCCAGGUUAUCUGCCUCCUACCAAAAAUGGCGUGGAACCAAAAAGGCCCAGCAGACCCAUCAACAUUACCUCACUGAUCAGACUAUCCACAACUGUCCCCAACACAAUUGUAGUGUCAUGGACCUCAGAAAUUGGACGGAGUUACUCUCUGGCGGUCUACCUGGUCAAACAGCUGUCAUCUACAAUGCUGUUGCAGAGGUUACGGGGUAAAGGCAUCAGAAACCCAGAUCACUCCAGAGCGCUCAUAAAGGAAAAACUAACAGCAGAUCCUGACAGCGAAAUAGCAACCACAAGCUUAAGAGUAUCAUUAUUAUGUCCGCUGGGAAAGAUGCGGCUAAUGAUUCCAUGCCGAGCGUUGACGUGUUCACACCUGCAGUGUUUUGAUGCCACCCUCUACAUCCAGAUGAAUGAAAAGAAGCCCACAUGGGUGUGUCCUGUCUGUGACAAAAAGGCACCCUAUGAACAUCUCAUCAUCGACGGGUUGUUUAUGGAGAUUCUGAACAGCUGUUUAGAUUGUGAUGAGAUUCAGUUCAAGGAAGAUGGCAGCUGGGCCCCCAUGAGGUCGAAAAAGGAAGUGCAGGAGGUGUCUGCUUCAUACAAUGGCAUCGACGGUGGGUGUCGUACAAGCGUGUUGGAGCAGAAUUCUCAAACAAAUGGCAGCAGUGGAGGAGGAAACAGAAAAAAGGUGGAGGUGAUUGAUUUGACUCUGGACAGCUCAUCUGAAGAGGAGGAGGAUGAAGAACCUCUCCCGAAGAAGAGCUGUCCGUCACUGUCCAGCCUCUCUCCUCAGAUGGAUAAUGGGGUGCUGAAUCUCCACAGACAAGCAUCUCCAGUGAGUCGAACUCCCAGCAUGCCUCAGGUGGACACCAGUUACAUUCCCCCACCUCCUCCCCUCAUUCAGGACUACCGCCACUACUACUCCACACCCACUGAACUGUCAGAUCUCAACUUCUUUCCUUUUUUACAAGGGGAAAAUCAUCAGCACUACAACAUGGUGAUGGCAGCGGCUGCAUCAGCGUCUGAAGAUCAUGACCUUCUCCUGAGUCGAUUCCUUCCGUACGGCUCGUCUCAGCUUUUCCUGGAUCCUCCCUCCACCCCUGUAAACAGCAGCCUCCCUCCCAUCAACGUCAAUGGCGGCAGCACUGGCAACAGCCUGGUGUCCUCCAGCAGCCUGAGAGAAAGCCUCGGACACCCACCCGGCCCGCGUCCCACCUCAGAUUCAACCCCCACAUCUGCCAUCUAUGGCUCCAUCCCAGAUGUCAUCUCACUAGACUGACCCAGGGCCCAGUCCUUGCAUAGCAAACUGACUGAAGAGACUUCCGCACAUUGGGAAGACAACAGGACUCACAGGAUGACUGAAGGGUGUUUUUCUAAACGAUGAUAAUCGUUGCAGUGUACAGAGAACAAAUCUAUUUUUUGUUUUACUUUUGUAUAUACCUAUCUAUCUAGCUAUCUAAUGUAUAUGUAAACUUGAAAGAGUUUUUUUCUCUCCUUAUCAGCUUGCUAAGUUACUUUGGGUUUUAUCUAAUGCUGUUUUUCCCUCACAGCUCCGUCUCUGCCCUUUAAUGUAAUAUGAACACUUUUUAUAUCUUCUUUACCCACCAUAUUCUAUAAUCAUCUAAAGUUUUUAAUGAGA